AUGUCUGAUUCUGAAGGAGAUAUCUCCGACGAACUCUUGGAGUUGGCGGGAGCGACGGAAAAGAAGCGGAAGAAACGUCAAGCAAAGUCAUCUACGCCAAAGCGGCGAAAAGCAGAUGUAAUGGUUGAUUCAGACUCAGAUUCGGAGGAACCAGAAAGUGAAGAAGAGGACCAGACGAAUCCCUACCCGCUGGAGGGAAAAUACAUCGACGAUGCAGAUAGACAACGGUUGAUGCAGAUGUCUGAGAUUGAGCGAGAAGAAUUGCUUGCACAGCGGCAGGAGGAGAUGCAACGAAUACAAGACAAGCGGAACCUUGAUCAGAUGCUCAAAGCACAGAGUGGACAUGGCGGCGAGGAGAGCGUGUCAAAGGCAGCGAAACGUCAUCAUGCAGUGCGCGGCGCUACGAAGGAGAAAUCGAAGAAGCUGGACGAGCUCAAAGCAAAGCGCAGAGCGAAGGACGAGAAGAAGCGUACGAGGAACUCGCCCAAGCGAGACCGCUCAUCCUCGCCUGUCGACAUGGAGAUGUCUGACGAGGAGGAAGAGGAAGAGGGCAUGAUCAGUAAGUACGAGGAGCUCGAGGAGAAGGAGCGCAAGAUGUACGACAAGCACAAGUCCGAAGAUGAGGUCGCGACCAUCUUUGACCUCGAGAAGUGUAGGCUGUCGCGAGACAUGCUUGCAAAACAGUGCAUGAAUCCCUGGUUCGAGGAGUAUGUGAAAGGCGCGUAUGUACGGUACCUGAUAGGCCAAAAGAAUGGUCAACCAGUGUAUCGAGUGUGUGAGAUCGCGAGCGUCUCAUCUACCAAUACGAAGACGUACAAGAUCAAUGACACUCUCGUCAAUGAGGAGCUUGAGCUGAAACAUGGCUCGUCAAUUCGGCGGUUCCCAAUGGAUAAGGUUUCCAACGGACCGUUCACGCAGAAAGAGUUUGACCGCUUAACAAGCACGUUAGAGCUGGACAAGCUGAAGAUGCCCUCUAAGCAACAGCUAGAAAAGAAGAGUGCCCAGAUGAAGAAGCUCGCCGACCAGCGGAUGACCGAGAGCGAUAUCACCGCCAUGCUCGCCCGAAAGAGCCAGCUCAAUGCAGCGAACACGAAUAAGAGCAGGUUCUCAGGGGUGUCGAUGACGAUCGAGAGGUCGCGGCUGAUGCAGGAGCGCACACUGGCGUUCCGGAGACAGGACUACGACCAAGUGUCCAUCAUCGACAUGAAGCUAGCGGAACUGGAUGCCUCCGCCCCGCAUCGCCCCGAGAGCCAUAGUCAGCACAUCGACGAUGUCUUGACCAGAGUGAACGAGCGGAAUCGCAAGGCGAACAUGGAGGCAGUGCGCAAGGCCGAGCAGCAAGAGGCCGAACGCAAGCGGCGCGAGCGCAAACUGCUCGCUGCUAACACUGCGAGCGGUACGGCGACGCCGACGUUGUCUACGGAUCCUAGCACACGCCUGAAGACGGUUCCGAAGUUGAUGAUCUCAAGGCCUGGAACACCGGCAAUGCCUGGAACGGCACCUGGGACACCGUCUCUUCUCGCCGACGCCGCAACGUCGCGCGCGGCAACACCUCUUGCGCCAUCUGCACUCUCAGAGAAGACGCCGCCCAAUUCCCUCAGCAACAAGACCAACUUUGAGGCUUCUGUCAUGAAGACUUUGGAGAUUGACCUGGGCGAUUUCUAG